AUGGACGGACCAGCCGACUCUAAACCUUCCGCCAAGGAUAAAUCGGUUACGGACAAGUAUCAGAAACUCACCCAGCUUGAGCACAUUAUCAAGCGUCCGGAUACAUACAUUGGAUCGGUCGAGCGUACCGAACAACAGAUGUGGGUUUUCAACUCCGAGACUUCACAGAUGGAGGAUCGUAAAGUUAGCUUCGUUCCUGGAUUGUAUAAGAUCUUUGACGAAAUUUUGGUCAAUGCUGCCGAUAACAAACAAAAUGACUCUAGCAUGAAGUCCAUUAAAGUGGUUGUUGAUCGUGAGAAGGGCGAGAUCAGCGUCGAGAACGACGGGGCUGGUAUUCCCAUUGAAAUUCAUCAGAAAGAGAAGAUUUAUAUUCCGGAGAUGAUUUUCGGCCACCUGCUGACUGGAUCAAACUACAAUGAUGAAGAGGCCAAGACCACUGGUGGUCGAAACGGGUACGGAGCCAAGCUUUGUAAUGUUUUCAGUACAGAAUUUACUCUUGAAACCCAGGAUUCCAAGAGAGGCAAGAGAUAUAAACAAAUCUGGACCGACAACAUGAGCAAGAUAGGCAAAGCCAAGAUCUCGGCAAGCAAGUCCUCGGAUUUCACUCGCGUUACCUUCACGCCUGAUUAUGCGAGGUUUAAGAUGAGCGGUAUCGAUGAUGACUUUGAGGCCUUGGUGAAGCGCCGAGUUUACGACUUGGCAGGCACAGUAAAGGGCGUCAAAGUUUCCCUUAACGGCAGUGUGUUGAAGCUAAAUUUCGCCAAAUACUGUGAGAUGUAUGCAAAAGCUAUCGGCAGGGAACGUGGAAUCGAAGAAGGUGUUCAGCCUGCCAUACAGUCUGUCAUAAUUGAAGACCCUAAAGCCCAUGCGUCUUGGGAAGUCGGCUUUGCCGUAUCUAAUGGAUCCUUCAACCAAGUCUCAUUCGUUAACUCGAUCUCGACCACUUCGGGUGGUACCCAUGUCAACUACAUUGCCGAUCAAAUUUGUGAAAAGCUUCUAGAUGUCGUCAAGAAGAAGAACUCGAAAGGAGCCCAGUUGAAAACCAACCAAAUUCGCAACCAUAUCUUUCUCUUCGUUAACGCCCUAAUUGUGAAUCCUGCCUUUACAUCACAAACAAAGGAGGCACUCACAACUAGACCCAAGCAGUUUGGCAGCACGUGUCUUCUAACAGACGGGUUCCUAAAGAAAAUUGGGCAAACGGAUGCCGUUCAAAAUAUCUUGAACUUCCAGGCUGCAAGGGCUGACCAGCAACUGGCCAAGAGCGAUGGCAACAAGCGUUCACGCAUGAGCAAUGCUAAGCUUGUCGACGCAAAUCUUGCUGGCACAAGACGUGGUCAUGAAUGCACGUUGAUUCUUACCGAAGGAGAUUCAGCCAAAGGUCUUGCUGUUGCUGGUAGGGCGAUUUUGGAUCCUGACCGCAUCGGAGUGUUCCCUCUGCGAGGAAAGCUUCUCAAUGUCCGAGAUGCAGGUGUUGACCAGAUCUCGAAGAAUGCCGAAAUCCAAAACAUCAAACAAUUUCUCGGCUUGAAGCACAAGCAAGUCUAUAAGGAUACCACCGGCCUACGAUAUGGACACCUAAUGAUCAUGGCCGAUCAAGAUCACGACGGUAGUCACAUCAAGGGUCUUCUGAUCAACUUCCUUCAGGUUCAGUUUCCCAGCUUGCUCAAGCUGCCUGACUUCUUCCAGGAGUUUAUCACGCCUAUUGUCAAAGUCUGGAAGGGCCCAAAUCCCAAGAAACCCAUCCAUUCCAAGUCAUUCUUUACCAUGCCCGAAUAUGAGAGUUGGAAAGACAGACAUGAGAAUGACAGAGGUUGGAGACACAAGUACUACAAGGGUCUGGGUACCAGUUUGCCCGAGGAUGCCCAGGUCUACUUCUCUAACCUUGACCAACAUUUGAGAGAAUUCGAAGUAAUAAAGCCGGAAGAGGAAGAGUUGAUUGACCUUGCUUUUUCCAAAAAGAAGGCUGAUGCGCGUAAGAUUUGGCUUGGAAACUUCCUUCCUGGAACUUAUCUCGAUCAUUCAACCAAGACUUUGACCUACGAUAAUUUCGUGAACAAGGAGCUGAUUCUCUUCAGCAUGGCUGAUAAUCUUCGAUCAAUUCCUUCGGUCAUUGAUGGCUUUAAACCUGGACAGCGGAAGGUCAUGUUUGCAUGCUUUAAACGUAAUUUGGUUCGAGAUAUGAAGGUCGUUGAAUUGGGAGGCUACGUUUCCGAAAACACUGCUUAUCACCACGGUGAAGCAUCUAUGCAUAUGACUAUUGUUGGUCUCGCCCAGAACUUUGUUGGAUCCAACAACAUCAAUUGCCUUGAGCCUAGUGGAAAUUUUGGUAGCCGACUGGCAGGCGGUGCUGAUUCUGCAAGCCCCCGUUACAUCUUCACGCGACUAUCGCCAUUCGCCAGACGAGUCUUCUCUGCGCUUGAUGAGCCACUUUACGAACACAAUAUCGAUGACGGAAAGAAAAUCGAACCCACUAUGUACGCUCCUGUUGUGCCUAUGGUUUUGAUCAACGGUGCCGACGGUAUUGGAACUGGCUGGAGUACCACUAUUCCCAAUUAUCAUCCCCUUGAUGUUGUAAAGAACUUGAAGCGUCGCAUGGGCCGUCUUGAUAAUGAUGGAGAGGAAAAGCCAUUCGAGACAAUGGUGCCAUGGUUCCGAGGCUGGAAAGGCAUACCCGAAGAAGCUGGGCCGAACCGCUACGCCUUUAAUGGUGUGGUGAGGGAGGCUGGAAACAACGAGGUUGAGAUCACCGAGUUGCCCAUUCGUACAUGGACCGACGACUUCAAGGGCAAACUGGAAGAUAUCAUCAAGGGAGAGAAGGUCCCGUCUUUCAUCAAGGAUUACAAGGAGUACAAUGAUCACAAGAGCGUUCACUUUGUAAUCCAAUUAGAUGAAAAAAAUAUGAAGGGUGCCUUGUCUGAUGGGCUUGCUGAAAGAUUCAAGCUCAAUAAGACGGUAGCAACUUCCAACCUGGUUGCCUUCGAUACCCGAGGUCAAAUCCGAAAGUACGAGAAGGUUGAAGAUAUCAUGGAUGAGUACUAUGUUUACCGGAUGUCAAUGUACACGAAGCGAAAGGCAUAUUGGUUGGAAAAAAUGGAUAACGAGUAUCGGAAACUUCGAAACCAGGCUAGAUUUGUUACGGAGAUCAUUGAGAAUAAACUCGUUGUAUCAAAGAAGAAGAAGCCAGUCCUUGUCGCAGAGUUGAGACAUCGCGAAUACGAAGCUUUCCCUAAGGUCAAGGAUGCUCAGAAAGCUGGCGAGACCGACGAUGUCAUCGAAAAUGACGAUGAAAUGGCUGCCGACGAAGAUUCAGGAGCCAGAGAUUUUGAUUAUUUGCUCGGAUUACCCAUUUGGUCUCUGACACAAGAACGCGUUGAUAAGUUGAAGGCCCAGAUGGUCGGCAAAAAGGAAGAGCAUGACAUUCUUGCAAGGCGAAGUGAAAAGGACCUGUGGUGCGAGGAUCUUGAUGCUUUCGUCGAAGAAUGGGAGGUGCAGUUGAAGGAGGAGGAUGAUUACCAAAAGUCCAUUCGCAACACCAACCGCCGAGCAUCACGAAAGAUCGGAGCGGGUAAGGGUGCGAAGGGUAAGGCUAAGAAAGAUGAUGACUACAAUCCCAAACCUACCAAAGCCUCGGGUCCUCCCAAGGUCGUCAAAGUCGAGCAAAAGCCACAUCAACGAUUCCUCAGCAUGUUUGAGAAGAAGGCAAAACCCACAGCCAAAGGUGGGCUUGGCUCUGAUGGUGUAGAGGAAGAUGAGGAUGCUGGUUCUGGAAUGUCAGACGGUGAUUUUGAUGCUUUGCAAGCCACCAAACCCGCGAAAGAAGCAUCUAAGGCGCCCAGCGAGCAGCCCGGACCAUCAAAUGGCCGGACUAAACGCGCUGCUGCAGCUGCUCCAAAGCAGUGGAUCAUUGAGGAUGACGAGUCUGAAAGUGAUGAUGACAAGCUGCUGGGUGAUGUUGGUGCUAUGGUCAAGGGUAUUGGUGGUGGGGCCCCUCUGGACAAUGCAAAUGGACGAGUUUCUCUCUUCGCCAUGUCACGUCCUGGAAGUAGUCACGGCAGAGCUACGAGCGUAAGCAAUGAUCUACCUAAAGUCAAGCCCAAGGCCAGCAAGACGUUUGAUUUCUCUGAUGGCGACGAGACAAACUACGAGAUGCUGGCUAAAUCGUCUCCUCACAAAGCACCUCCAGCGCCGAAGGAUAACCUAGACAGCUUCUUGUCAGAUGAAGAUGAAGAAGACCUCGUGCCAAUCGCCAAAAAGGUUCCUGCCAAAGCAGCAGCCCCUGCCGCAAAGGGUCCUGCAAAGCGAGCCCCAAAGCCUAGGGCUAAAGCUGCUCCAGUUGAGAAGCCUACCGAGCCGAAAGCACUCUCACCGGCUGCCAAAGCAUACGCUGCGAAGCAGAGCAAGCUCAAGCUCACUUCGAAGGAUGUCUUCAGCGACGAUGAUGAGGAUUCAGAAAUAUUGAUGGGAGACUCGCCGCCGCCAAAGCAGAGCAGAGCGAAGAUGACUGUCAUUAGUGAUGACGAGGAUGAAAUGUCGCCACCACCCAAGGCCAAAGCUAAGCCUGCCACUUCUAAGGCCGCCGUGUCCAAGCCCACCAAGAAGCCGGCGCCAAAGAGGAAGGUGAUUAGUGAUGAUGAGGACGAGGAUGAGGAUGUCGAUAUGGAUGAGGAGCCGGUAAAGCCUGCCGCUGCUCCUGGACGUGGUCGCCCUGCACGAGCCGCUGCCGUUGUUGCAACCGCAAAGGCCUCUAAGCAGCCUGUCUAUAAUAUCGACUCGGACGAUGAUGACAUGGAUGUUGACGAUUUGGAUGAGUCUGCCCUGGUUGAGGACGAGCAGAGCGAAGACGACUUUGAUGAUAGUGAUUAA